UAAGAGAUCAAGUUAAUUCUUCCGGCAAAAUGACAACAAAAGUCACAGCGAUCUGACAGUCGGCACAAAGCUGAGGGGGGAAUCGUUUUACAGACGAAAACAGCACGGGGUCCAAAGAGCUAAUCCCCCGCUACCUAGCACCGUGUCUGAAACCCGAACGGAUUCAGCGCUGCUGGAGACCGGACUGAGCCUGAGAGCAUCUCUCCUAAGCCAAGGCAGUUUCAGUCUGGCCAUCUGAGCAUUUCACCUGCUGCCCCACGGGGGAAGCAGCACUAAUGAAAAGUCCAUGAACAAACGUAAGCCCCGUUUGGAGAAAGACUGCUAACGUUUUAGGGCCAGCAUGAGCGGGGUCUUAGGGUUCUGCUUCUUCCUUCUCCUGUACCUCAAGCACAGAGGACCCUCUCGGAGAAAUGAUUCAGAAAUGGGCGUAUUUAGACGGCGAAAUGCCAGACUCCGCAAGCAAAGGGAACGGGGCAUCCCCCCAGCCCUCCCGCUCCGCCCAGUUGCUCGCGAUUGGGGUUGGGGAUUUUAGCGUGUGCGCUUCGAAAGUCCCCGCUGCUCUCUGGGGGGGGGGGGGGACGGAUAAAACGGGAGCUGCAACAGAGGCUGUUCUCCUCCACAAGGGCUGGGCCCUCUUCGUUGCUCUCCCGUGGGGAUCUGAACCCACCUCCCCCCUUUCUUCCUUUGGGUUUGGAAUAAACUAACGGAACCCUUCAUUUCAAUUGCCCCAGGCAGGUGGAGCCCGCGGAGUGCAGUGAACGGUCGGACUUAGCCACACGUUGCCGCUAGAUCCGGUUCGCCUUACAACUGGGCGGCGGCGGCGUCUGGCACGGGCCCGGCGCAGAUCCCCUUGCGGCUGCCGCGGCUUCCGGGCGUAGCAGCGCCGCGCCGCGCCGCGCCGCGCCGCCUCCCUCUCUCGCGGCCGGGCGGCCCGUCCCCGAGCCGGGGGAACCUCCAUUCGGAGGGGCCGCGCUCGGGGCUCGGCUCUCUCCUCGGUGAUUGGCUACGGCUCCCCCGUGUGGCACAUGAGCAUAAAGAGCCGCAGCUGGCGACGUGACCCCGGGGGGGGACUGUGCGUCAGAGCCCUGGCCGGGGAGGGGAGCCGGGAUUAUUUGGGGGGGGGGGAAGACCAACCCCCCCCCCAACCAAAAAAUAAGAGCAAGCCUCGGGAAGCAUGCGACUCCAUUUGCGCCGACGGCCCCCGAAGCCGGCGUGCCUGCGCGGGCUGGCUCGCGAGCGAUGGGACGGAGCCCUGGGGGCCCCCGGCGCUCCGACGCCUUCUGAGCUGGGGGCCAGCCCUUCCCACGGCAGGGAUGCUCGCCGCGGACCCGGAGUGAGCUCCGGGCAGAGCCAAGCGGAGCAAGCGGACGCUUUGGCAGCCCGUCCGUCCAGGGGUGGCGAGGCAAAGGGGAAGCCGCGGCCGAGCCGCCCAGCCGGCUUCCCUGAAGACGCGAAAGGCGUCCCGGCAUGUGAGGAGCGGACGAGAAACAGCGCAGGGCAAAGCAGAGCCGGGGCGGGGAGGAAGGAGGGCAGGACUGGAGGAGGUGUGUCUGGAAGCAGCCGUAUCGCCAAGGAAGAAGGCGGCAAGAGGGAAAGGCCGGAGGAGGGGGUGGGGAGGAAAGGAUCGGAGCUUCAGCCUUCUCUGUCCUCGGAGUGAUUCUCCCCCCGCGGCCCCCCAUGCACAGAUAGCGAAGCACCCGCGCAGCGGAGAGGCUGAAGUUUGAGGAGGGCAGCGGCUGCGUUGCCGGGCGCAGGACGGGGUGUCCCCCGGAUCGGAGGAUGGCGACCGAGGGGGGAGCCGGGCUGGCCAAGUCCGCCGUGGAGAAGCUGUCCGAUGCCAUGGGCGAGAAGACCAAGCAGCUGGGCACGGCCAUGCAGGACGUGCACCGGCAGCGGCGGCUGAUCCUGGUCAUCGUGUGCGUGGCCCUCUUCCUGGAUAACAUGCUCUACAUGGUGAUCGUGCCCAUCAUGCCGAGCUACCUCACCAAGUGGGAGGCCCGGGGGAGCAACGCCAGCGGGGCCAACGCCAGCCGGGCCAAGUCCGUGCUGGGGCCCGGGUACCCCCCGGAGAACGAGGACAUCAAGAUCGGGCUGCUGUUCGCCUCCAAGGCCAUCCUGCAGCUGCUGGUGAACCCGCUGAGCGGCACCUUCAUCGACCGCGUGGGCUACGACAUCCCGCUGCUGAUCGGCCUCACCGUCAUGUUCCUCUCCACCAUCAUCUUCGCCCUGGCCGAGAACUACGCCACCCUCUUCGCCGCCCGCAGCCUGCAGGGGCUGGGCUCGGCCUUCGCCGACACCUCCGGCAUCGCCAUGAUCGCCGACAAGUACACCGAGGAGUCGGAGCGCAGCCGGGCCCUGGGCAUCGCCCUGGCCUUCAUCUCCUUCGGCAGCCUGGUGGCGCCCCCUUUCGGCGGCAUCCUCCACCAGUUCGCCGGCAGGCGGGUGCCCUUCCUGGUGCUGGCCUGCGUCUGCCUGCUGGACUGCCUGCUGCUGCUCACCGUCAUCAAGCCCUUCGGCAGCCGGGCUCGGGAGAACAUGCCCGUGGGCACCCCCAUCCAGAGGCUCAUGAUCGACCCCUACAUCGCCGUGGUGGCCGGCGCCCUCACCACGUGCAACAUCCCCCUGGCCUUCCUCGAGCCCACCAUCGCCACGUGGAUGAAAAAGACCAUGGGCGCCUCGGAGUGGGAGAUGGGGGUCACGUGGCUCCCCGCCUUCUUCCCCCAUGUGUUGGGCGUCUACAUCACCGUCAAACUGGCCGCCAAGUACCCGCACCUGCAGUGGUUCUAUGGGGCCCUGGGCAUGGUCAUCAUCGGGGCCAGCUCGUGCACAGUGCCCGCCUGCCGGAACUUCGGGCAGCUCAUCGUCCCGCUCUGCGGCAUUUGCUUCGGCAUCGCCCUGGUGGACACGGCCCUGCUGCCCACGCUUGCCUUCCUCGUGGACGUGCGCCACGUCUCCGUCUACGGCAGCGUCUAUGCCAUAGCGGAUAUCUCCUACUCCCUGGCGUAUGCCCUGGGGCCCAUAGUCGCCAGCCAGAUCGUGCACUCGCUCGGUUUCGUGCAGCUGAACCUGGGCAUGGGGCUUGCCAACGUGCUUUACGCCCCGGUCCUCCUGUUCCUCAAAAACGUCUGCCAAAUGAAAGCCUCUCACUCCGAGAGGAACAUCCUGCUGGAGGAAGGACCCAAAGGACUCUAUGACACCAUCAAAAUGGAGGAGCGCAAAGGCAAGGGGAAACCCCCCCAUCCCACAGGCGGGAUGCAAGGAAACAGCGUGGACUCUUACCCCAGAGACCUGACAGGGGCCUCGGAGGAGGACUCUUCAGAUUAUGAAUACAGUUAGGCUGCACGGAGCUGGCGGAACAAGGGUUAAAGUGGGUGGUGGGGGAGGGGAUGUGAAAGCAUUAUUGCCAUCUGUUUAUGUACCAAUGUGCACUAUAUACAAUUUAACCUUUAUCACGCUGUAAUGGCUUCUCGACUUGUUUUAAGUUGGUAUUUCCUUAGACACUGGCAAGGGAAAAGCACGAAGAAGACUAAUCGAAUGAUGCAUUUACAUAAAUCCUUCCAAAAACUUUUAGCUUGGGUCUCUUGUGCAAAAGUUUUCUCGAGUUGAAACUCCGUGUGUGACAUACUGUCUAUCUCUGUAAAAAUACAUUAAAAGGGAGGGAAGUCUGUAAUAAAAUUCAGAUUGCAUAUUCAGGGACCUAAAUUUACUAAAUCUUGUAUAUAUGUACUGACACUUUCACUUGGUUUCAUAUUUAACAACAGCAACAAAAAUCACAUCGUAUUAUUUCUUCUUUGGGAACCAGCUGAAGCGCUGUAAUAAUUUUUCCUGUUGUGUUGCUACUUGGUAAAUGCAAUAUACUGUAUCAUGUGUAAGUCCAAAUCUACAAGGAUAAUAUGACCUGAAUAAAUGAAGUUUGAGGGGUCCAUGGUCUUUCUUUCAUUGUUUUUGAGGGCAAGGAUAUUACUCUAACAAAUGUCAAGAAGUUCCCUAUAACAUCAGCCUCGUUUAUUUCGUAAGACCGAUUCAAUAAAGAUAAAACCCUUUUAUCUCAGAAUGGUGGAAUCUCAGAGUUCAAAGAUUGACAAUGUAAAAAUGUUCAGGCAGAAAAUGUGUACUGAAUUGCAAACAGGGCAUCAAACAUCGCUGCGUACACUGUCUUGGUAUUAAGGUAUUGGUUUAUUUUUUUAAACACAGCACUUUUCCA